UUAUCUCAUCAUACCAAUCCGUGCCUUCUCUGCCACCCACUGCCUUGUGACCAAAUCAUUCGUAUACCCACACAUCGUUCUCCUCCUCCUCCUCCUCCAUCCCAUUUCUAUUUCUAAUAACCGCGCCGAUGAUUUGUUGGUGUCUCGGCCCAUCUUAACGGAAGUAAUCAGAGGAAUCCAACAAAGAGGGGGAGGAGUGUUGGGGUGAGCAAGAAGGCCGAGGGGGAGGCAGAUGGCGGAGGCAUCGGGUGGGGGCCCACCCGACUUCGAUCUGCCUGAGGCGGUGCUGUCGGCGCUGCCCACCGACCCCUUCGAGCAGCUGGACGUGGCGCGGAAGAUCACCUCGAUCGCCCUCGCCACCCGCAUCUCCGCCCUCGAGUCCGAGGUCUCCGCCCUCCGCCUCCGUCUUUCCGAGCGGGACGACCUCGUCGCCGAGCUGCGCGCCAAGCUCGAGGACCUCGACGCCUCCCUCGGCGACGUCUCCGACCGGCUCGGCCGCGCCCAGGACGAAAAGGAGACGCUCUUGAACGAGAACGCGACGCUAUCCAACACCAUCAAGAAGCUCAACCGAGAUGUGUCCAGGUUGGAAAUUUUUAAGAAGACACUUAUGCAGUCUCUGCAAGAUGAAGAAGAAAGUCCACAAGGAGUUGCCAGGGUGGCACCAAAAAUUUCAGAAACAGCUAGUUUCUCAAGUGGAUCGCUUGUUGAAGAUGACGAAGUUGGAUCAUCUCCAAUAAAAUAUUCUCAGCAAAGCCGAUUAUCUGAAACUGGAAGUUCUCUUUCAGAGCAAGGUGGUUCUGGUGAAAUAGAUGGCUCCAAAGAGGGCAGAGUAUUUGGUUCAUUAGCAUCACUUGGUAGCACACCGAGACUUACUCCUCCAGGUUCUCCACCAAGGCGGCAUUCUAUUUCAGUUGCAACCACAAGGAACAUGUUUGAGGAAAGGUCAUCUGUAUUUUCUUCCUUGCCAUCAAGCCAUCACAACUCAAUGAGCUCUCCCUUUGACACUGGAGCCCAAGCAGGACGAACUCGAGUUGAUGGAAAAGAGUUCUUCCGUCAAGUUAGGAGCCGUCUGUCCUAUGAGCAGUUUAGUGCUUUCCUGUCCAAUGUCAAAGAACUGAACGCACACAAGCAAACAAGAGAGGAAACACUGCAAAAGGCUGGGGAGAUUUUUGGGCCUGACAACAAGGAUCUCUACGCCAUAUUCGAGGGUUUGAUUACCCGGAAUCUCCAUUGACAACGCUCUUCUACCGCCUCCUAAAGCUGCAUAAGGCCAGUCGGUCACUGUUGAUUUCAUUUGUUUGUACUUAACAUAUACGAGUCUAUUGUUCUGUGCGUCCAAUCCAUUGAUGUCUACAGUUAAUAAUACCAUCACUGCUGAUGCUGGUCUUUCAAUAAAAUAUGGGAAUAUGUAGAUUAUACUUAGCUUGUGUAUUAUGCAGUUCACAAAGGGGAAUCCUUGAGACAAAACUCAUUGCUGUUUCAUAGUUCAAGAACAAAUAACAUAACUUACGCUGGUUAGUACAA